CAAACAAGAAGGUGAUGAAUGAAAAAGGCAGAUAUACACACAUCAACGCCUACGCAGCAUUUGUAUACAGACAGCGUCACAUCGAAGACAAUACAUCCGAAGCGGAAGGAACGGGCCAUCGAUGCACUCGCUCCUCCGCCUGCCGACUAUCCUAAUGCACUCACUGGCUACUCUCUCCGCUCCCCUCCGCCCCUCCACAGACAGCUCUCAUGUCGAUUGUGAGAGCACUAUGUCGGCCACCGCACUCAGCCACUGCCAGCCAUCCGGCACCUGAACACACACAGAUACAACCAGGAGGGCAACGGAAUCCAAACACUCAUCUGCACCCCUCCGCCCCCUGGCCCUUUCUGACCUGCAGUGUGUAGAUCUCCAAAUCGACACAUGUGAAGAGGUGGCUGGCAGCUAAGGUGGCCCGCCGUCCAUCACCGAUGAAGGUCCCCACGUAUGUCUUGUCGUCGGGCAGCUCAUCCCUCUCUACCCACUGGAGGCAGCGGCGGAGGUCGCCAGCCGGCCCACCCUUGCCAAUCCCCAGCCACAGGCGCCCGCAACCAAUGGCCACCUUGCCGCCCCCGCCCUUGUUGCCCACCACCGCCCCGUCUACGCCGGCGACCUCCACCCACUGCUCGUGCGGCACGGUGAUCUUGGUGAUGCCCGGCUCCUCAAAUGGACCACUGAUGGAGUAGAAGGUCAU